CCAACGGAAGGGAGCAAGAAACAGAAGUUUCAGCAAUGGACUCCAUUUCUUCUUCUUUUUCUUUUCUUCAUCCGUUGCUUCUAAACCCUUCAAAAACCCGCAAUUCUCCAUCGAACCCUAAAUUUGUUAUCUUUUUGUUCUUUUUCUUCUUCUCCUUCUUCACGUUCUCCUUUUCAGCCUCAGAUUCUCCUUUUCAAUCCACUUACAUUCGCCUCUGCGACAACCUAGUCACCGCAUUCCCGAUCCGCCCCAAUGCCGCCGCAACCUCCUCCGCUGCCAUCGCCGACUCCCUCCGUUUCCAAACUGGCUACUUCACCAGCGCCCACCGCCUCUUCAACCGAUCCGCCGCCUCCGACUACUCCAAGCGCCUCAAUUUCCGCGUCACCUCCAUUCGCAUUACCCAAAACGACGACGUUUUCGAGCUCCGAGGCCAAAUCCUUCUUCAGCAGCGUCGGCCCAACACGAAUUAUAGAAGGUCGCUGAGGAAGGUUUACCGAGGUCACAGAGUUACGAAUUGGGGAGUUUCACAGUGGAUUCGAGCUACUCUCAGGGGGUUCUGGUCACGUUCUUCUGGUAAGCUUUGCAUGCUUGGAACAGGAUCUUAUGGUUACAAGGUGACUGAUGCUAAUGUUGUUCUUAAGCUUAGUUACCCUUUGGAUUUGAAUGUUUUGGAUCCUUUGGUUAGUGGAACCCUAGAAAGCUUUGAUGACAAGAGUAGCUUGAAUUACUUUGAACCUAUUUCAAUAUUGGCUUUGUCUCAGGGUUCGGAUUAUAGGUUUACACUAGUUGGGAAUGAGAAUGGUGGUUGUGUUGGAGGAUCUGAUGGGGAGAAUUUGCCCCUUGGAGACCUUAGCAAAGGAGCCUGCACUGUGUUUCGCGGACGGAUGGAUCAGUUUGAAUUGGAAUAUGGUAGUCACUGUGGUGAUGUUAAUUGCAACCCUAUUGGUUCCGGUGCCCAGAAGUUGCCGGAUUUCUUGUAUUUUUAUGGUAGCAGAUGUGUGACAAGACGAAGGGUUCAAAUGUUGUUGGGUUUUCCUGACACCAGUUACCAUGGUUUUAUGUUUCCAUUUUAUCCUAAUACAACGUUGAUAUCUGAGGGUGUGUGGGAUGAGAAGGCGAAUCGGUUUUGUGCAUCUGCGUGCCGGAUAUUGAACUUCACAGGAGAUUUAGGUAAUCCUUAUGUUGGAGAUUGCUCGAUUAAGCUUGCACUGAGAUUUCCUGCGGUUUUGUCGUUGAGAAACAGGAGUUCUGCUUUGGGCCAGAUUUGGAGUGACAAAGGGAUUGGUGAUUCUGGUUACUUCGGUAAAGUUGGAUUUAAGAGCUCCUUCAAGUCUGCAAGGGGUCUUCAAGGUUUCCAAUAUGUGUAUACUGAGAUUGAAAGGGUAAGAAAAUAUUGUGGAGGAAAGAUAAAUGAUAGGGGGAAGGGAAGAAAGAAGUAUCCAGAUGGAUAUUCUUCUGAUAUGCGAUUUAGCAUGACCGUUAGAAGCAACAAAGGACAAGUAGCUCCUGGUUACUCAUCACCACUAUUUGUUGGGGAAGAGAGCUAUGAAGGAAGGCUAUAUGGUGUUCCAACAAAGAUGGGAAAGCUGAAAUCACCAAGGACUGGAUCAGAUAAUUAUAGCAGUUUCUUGAACGUCAGCUAUACAAUGAGCUUUAACCCUCCACCUGAUUUCAACCUCAGUGGUCAAAUCUCUUCAGGUGAAGUUAAAAUUAGUGCUGAAGGAAUCUACAAUAGGAAUACUGGAAAUUUGUGUAUGACAGGAUGUAGGAAUUUGAGAUCAAAUGGCAAAAUACUGAUGAAGAAUGAGUCAAUGGACUGUGAAAUAGUAAUUAAUGUCCAGUUUUCUGCAUUGAAUGCAAAGCGACGUGACUCUGUUAAAGGAACAAUAGAGAGCACUAGACUAAAGUCUGAUCCUUACUAUUUUGGUCCUCUUCAGCUGUCUUCAAGUUCCAUUUACACGAGUCAGGCAGAUGCAUCAAUCUGGAGAAUGGAUUUUGAGAUUGUUAUGUUGUUGAUAUCAAACACACUUGCAUGUUUACUUGUAGGAUUGCAACUCUUACAUGUGAGAAAGCACCCAGAAGUGCUUCCUUACAUUUCGGUUGUGAUGUUGCUUGUUAUUACUCUAGGUCACAUGAUUCCCCUGAUUUUGAACUUCGGAACCUUGUUUAGCCACAGCCAGCAGACUGUGUUUCUUGGGAGUGAAGGUUGGUUUCAAGUGAAUGAAGUAGUUGUGAGGAUGGUGACAAUGAUUGCUUUCCUUCUCGAGCUGCGUCUUCUCCAUUUGACCUGGUCUUCAAGACAGCAUGAAGGAAGCCAGCCAGGUUUGUGGGUUUCCGAGAAAAAGGUUCUUUGUAUGACUCUACCAUUGUACAUUGGUGGCACACUUGUUGCUUGGUUCGUGCAUAUAUGGAAGAGUGGUCACAAGAAAGGAUCUAGAUCAUUUCGGCUAUCACGCCACAGGUUUAAGUUUCCUCUUGGUCAAGCUUACCAGUCUCCUUCCAUCUUGGAAGACUUAAAAUCCUAUGCCGGUUUGCUCCUCGACGGUUUUCUGCUCCCACAAAUAAUAUUUAAUAUAACAUCCAAAGCAGAAGGGAAUACUCUGGCAUCUUCUUUUUAUGUGGGGACAACCAUUGUUCGGAUACUGCCCCAUGCAUAUGAUCUUUACAGGGCUCACACUACUGCAUGGUUCCUUGAUUCAUCAUAUAUCUAUGCAAACCACAGAAUGGGUUUUUACUCCACUGCGUGGGACAUUGUAAUACCAUGCGGUGGUGUUCUGUUUGCAGUCCUUGUAUACUUACAACAGAGAUUUGGCAGCAGGUGCAUUCUUCCAAAGAGGUUUAGAGAGAGUUCUGUAUAUGAGAAAGUACCUGCUAUUGGUAAUGAUGAAUUGUGAUAGCUUAAACUGGUAUCAUAUUAUUGAUUGCAUUAUGUAUAAUGAUUUGUAGCCUCCAAAUUUUUGAGCUAUGGAUGGCAUAGAUUGCAGUGUCACAUACACAGUUCACAUUAUAGCAACAGAGGAUUUCUUGGCCCUGCAGGCGGCUAAUCAUAUCUUGUUACACAAAUUUUGCCCCCGUUAUUAUUACUAUUUUUUCUUUAGCUUCCUUGAUCUCGAAGGAUGUAUCACUGCAAAAGAAAGAAAGCUUUUAUUUUUCUCUCAUUUGUUAUCCCCUAAUCAAACACCAGAGUCAACAUCAAUCUGUAAUGUUGUCGUUUCUUUUCUUGGUCUGGAAUUUCUAAUGUUAUCUGAUCUUCAUAUCACUUCACACGG